AUGUACUACAUGUACCUUGAAGGAGAGCAGGCAGGCGCGAAGAGGUUUGUGGACCAGGUGCUGAGGCUGAUAGACCAGCCGAGUGUAGAUGGGAAGCGAACGGGUCGUAAACCACAAAGGGAACACAGGUUUCAUGAAGAUAUGAGCCGCUUGAAGACGAUGCUGAAGCAAUGUAGAGACCAGUCUGGCUCUAUGUCGGAGCAGAUUGACCUGGAGUUCGAGUGGAUCCAUCAAGGCUCUGCUAGCUCGGCCCCUCCGCAUCGACUUGCAGACUCGACGUGCUGCCUUGACCGAGUGCUGAGCGACGACGCCAAGGACUGCUUCCCCAUCUACGUCGAGAUCCCCGACGAUUCUGACCCCACCAAGCGCUCGAUCGCGACGGGGGCGAUAUUCUACUUUCCGAACCAGGGCAACAAGGACACAGUCCCGUACGUUGACGAGCUGCAUGGGCACUCAACCUCGUUGGAUCGCCGCUUCAUGGUGUUCUGGAUGGGACGAUGGCUUCCAGGGGAGCAUUAUGUUCCUGGCUUCAUGAGAUACCGUGAGGGGGAUAAGACGCUUGCCCCGCAGCGAUGCUAUGCAAGGACUUUCGGCCUUCUUUUUGUAGACCGAGGGAUCGAGCCAGAGGCAAGCAAAUGGUCAUUCAACAUGGGCAAAACCAAAAUGAGGAAAUUACAAGAUGCACUUGACUCGAAGGACCUCGCAAAAGCAUACGAUUACUGGCUCAAACAAUGUCACCUCAAGUUUGACGCAGAGGUCUCCUUCGAAGACGAAAACCCAAGGUACAUAGAUGCUGAAGGAAUGUCUCAGCACGACAGAAUUAUAUUCUUGAAUGAUGUAUAUCAAGUCGGAGAUAUUGUCGAGCUGUACAAAGAAUCAAAGGAGAAAGCAAGGAUUCAAAGUCACGUUGGAAGGAUCGAGAGGUUCUUGCAAGAUAAGCACUUUGACUUGAACUUGCCAACAGGGGAGGUCGAGCUUCUUCUAUUGGCUUCAGACAACAGCAUGACGAAAACAAAUCGCUUCAGAAUACAAAACUAUUCCAUGAGGCCUCUCAGCAACAAAGAGUUCGAGGCUACCAGAGCAAAGAACGAGAAGCAGAUAGUCAGAUCAGUCGCUAUCGAGUUCCGCAACCACAUCAUGAAGGCUGGCUUGUUACCGACUACAAGGUUUAUCUGCAAGAACUCAAAUAGCGAAGUUAUUCAAACAAACAUCCCGAUCAAGGUCACAGUGGCGUCACAAGAUUGCUCGGAAAGCUUCGAAGUGUCCAAUGGGCAUCUGUCUUUUCCUGACAAGAUAGUGAAGAAGCUCGCGACUGUCGCAGGCCAGUAUACGAUGUCCCUCGAGCCAGCUGCAGGUCAGACGCCGUUCACGUGCGAGCCCGAGACGUUCUACAUCACCCCAGCAGAGAUGCACAAGCUCAGACGGUAG